GCCAGCUUUCUGGGUUAGGCUGUGACUCAAAGGGAGAGUGUGAUGUUGGCUUGCAGCCCGCGGUGCCCGUGUGAAGGGAUUCUCUUUCCUUCUCAGCGGCCACGCUGAUAAAUAGGAGACACGGUGUUUCUCCCUUUGGGGAGAAUUGGGGCAGUGUCACUUAGAACCCAUUCUGUCCCUUAGAGAACGCUCGCCCCCCCCUCCCCCUCCCGUGCCCUUUGACGUCGGCCGGUGCUUGCUGCCGGGGGCUCGCCGCUCUCAGCCCGGGCCGCUGGCCACCGCGUCCACCCCCGUGCCCACCCUGUGUCCAGCCGGCCUGGACAGUUGCCAUCCCACAAACACAUCGGCGUGCCCUUCUGGCCUCCAGCUCUUUGUCUUUGCCGUGUCCCUCCCUCGCCCAGCUAGAGCGAGCCUUUGGUCCCGCUGGCCGCGGCACAUGGGGCUGAGCCCUACUUUGGCCCGUGGACCCCGUAUCGUAGAGGGAUGUCGUGCCAGGGCCUCUCCGCGGCAGCGUCCCCAAGGAGAUGCACUGCCGGGGCACGGAUGGGACUCGUUACCCCUGCGGCCCCGGUGCCCCGUCCAGCAGGUAGAAGGGCUCCCGUCACCCGAGUCUACCUGGAACCCAGCCUCCCAUUACUCCUGUGAUUUGCAACCACGGCUCAGGGCUGGAGGGAUACUGGGCACUGCUCUAGGUUAGGUCAGGAUUUUAAAAACGUGCAUCUCGUUGGUUCUGUAAGCCCAGGAUAUGUAAAGCAGCUGUACCUAUCGUGGGCCUGCUCCAGGAGAGACCAUGCUGGUUGCCUCGCGAUGGCUCGUGGUGGGGUUAGACCCUGGCUCUGUUUCUUGGCCCUGUGAGCCCCACACAAAUCCCUUAACUGCUCGGAGCCUCCGUUUCCUCACGUGGAAAUUGUACCGUCGUGAGGAUUCUGUGAGCUACGUGACGUGCCAGUGCGGCAUUCGUUUUUAGCUUAUUAACAUCAGGGCUCCAUGGGUUUCUCUUUUCUUUUUUUUUUUUUUUUCUGAAGUGCUUUUAAGACCGAACAGGAACGAGUUUGCUCGUCAUCUGUGGGUGGAGGCACUCUCACCUUCAGCCAGGGCCUAAUUUUGGCCAAGAGCCUCGUCUCGUUCUGCUUAGAGAAUGGUGCUAUUCAGAGCCAAAGGAUACGGGACUUACUUCUCUGGGUAGCAUUCUCUCUCUGCAGAUGGUGUGAACACUAAUGACUUACUAUGUACGUAUUCACAAGUGGGUGAUUUAUGGUUAACACCAGACCCGUAACUUUUCAUUUCCUGACGGAUGCUGAUGUAUCAGAAGCGUCAUUUGUAGUGGCCUGUAAGAUGCAAGAGGUGUAAAAAAACCGAAGUUGAGGCCCGUUUCUGUCUGCGAGCUGUUCGUGUACUUCUGGAGCUGCCUGGCCCCACGGGGCAUGGCCGAGGGGCCGCCCCGUGCGCUCGGCUGUGUGUGUGGGGGGCUCUUUGUGUGUGCAUCUCCGCAGUGGGCAGGCCAUGGCGAGGAUCCCAUCUCAUAACGAGGACACUCAGGCCCAGAGAGGUUAAGUGCCUUCUCCGAGGGUUCAUAGCUCCGAAGUCACAACAGGCCUUGGAACUCAGGGCAUGGUCUAGCGGCCCAGACAAGGACGUGGAACCAGCCCCCGGAGUUUCUGGUCCCGGCCGUCUCCCCCUCCGCUUGGCCUUGGGUGUAGCCACCGGCCACCAUGGGCAAGCAGAACAGCAAGCUGCGGCCCGAGGUGCUGCAGGACCUGCGUGAGAACACGGAGUUCACCGACCACGAGCUGCAGGAGUGGUACAAGGGCUUCCUCAAGGACUGCCCCACCGGCCACCUGACCGUGGACGAGUUCAAGAAGAUCUACGCCAACUUCUUCCCCUACGGCGACGCCUCCAAGUUCGCCGAGCACGUCUUCCGCACCUUCGACACCAACGGGGACGGCACCAUCGACUUCCGGGAGUUCAUCAUCGCGCUGAGCGUCACCUCGCGGGGCAAGCUGGAGCAGAAGCUCAAGUGGGCCUUCAGCAUGUACGACCUGGACGGCAACGGCUACAUCAGCCGCAGCGAGAUGCUGGAGAUCGUGCAGGCUAUAUACAAGAUGGUGUCCUCUGUGAUGAAAAUGCCCGAGGACGAGUCCACCCCGGAGAAACGAACGGACAAGAUCUUCCGGCAGAUGGACACCAACAAUGACGGCAAACUGUCCCUGGAAGAGUUCAUUAAAGGUGCCAAGAGCGACCCCUCCAUCGUCCGCUUGUUACAGUGUGACCCCAGCAGCGCCAGUCAGUUCUGAGGGACCCGGCGUCCGGAAGGUUGCAGAGAAACACAGGCUCUGCCUCGCCGUUUCAGCUUUGCUUGCAAAAGUGGAUGCCUCUCCUCCACCACUCCUGCUCUCCCGGCCGGGGCCCCGGGCGACACGCGGCACCUGCCCGGCCUGGCGGCUGCGCCUCCCCCCUCCCCCCGGCCUCCUCCUGCCCCGGCCCGGCCCCCAGGGCGCCGCCCGGGCAGGUGUUUACACGCGGGGCUCAUAGUUCUCGAUUCCGGGGUGCCUCCCCGCCCCGGGGAGCCCAGGGCACACGGCUGAGGACACUGAUGGGACUUCCCAAGAUGGAGACAAGGCGGGCUCAUCCAUCUCGCGAUCGCGGGUGACCAUGGGAAAGCCGGGGACAAGAACGGAGGGAGAGGAGACGGGCAAGCCCUCCCCCGUGCAUGGCUCCACCUCGCUCGUCCGUGGCCUCCGAUCAGAGCUGCUCGCACGUACGCAUACUAUGGCCUCCUUUCUUUUGAUAUAUAAAUUAUGCCCAUGGUGAGGUGCAAUGUCCCGUGUAGGUCCCGUAUUUCAUGCCUCCGUUGCCUGUGAAGCGUGGUUCCCUCGUGGCCUGUGAUCUCCCCUCCCGCCCCCCCGCCCCCGGCCCCGAACCUGGUUAUCUUGUGGUAUUUAUGCGCUCUCCAUCCGCCCGUGUCAAAGGAAAUGCAUGCGUGCCCCGUGCUGUGGAGACCCUCCCGUCCACGUAGUGAACACAGGCGUCUGUGCAAGGGCUGUCCUCCCGUUGAUUGGUCUGGCAUUUCCUGUAUUAAAAUGAUCAAAUAAACGGAA